AACCAUUGUUCAUAUUAACUUACUGUCUAAAAUUAUUUGCAUAUUUUCUGUUAUAAAGGUUAUUUUAUAUUAACAGUAAUGUUACAGGUAAAUACCCCCUAUUUUUACUUCUGGAUAAACAUGUUUAUCCUCCCUCAGUACGUAACAUUAUUCACGUACACGUACACAAAUAGUUGCAUAAAUUAUCAUACAUAGCAACAUAUGUAGAUUAUCUAGGAUAACCCCCCCAAAAAGUUAGGCAAAAUAACAUAUUUCCAUUGGUCUCUUUAUCUCCACUUUUAAUGAUUUCCUGUGUCAGUAAUAAUCUCAAAAUCUUUAUUCCCGUCAGCCACAGUGUAUGACAUUAUUUUACUAGCCCUGCUCUGUAUGACCCUUGUAGGUUUAGCGCUUUUUUUUUAUUAUAAUAAUAAUAAUUGUGAGUAAUAAGGGUGUCACCCAGAGAUAAUGUUAUCUGAGAGUACAAGAACCCCAGUGGAAAUAAGUCACUAUGACUUCUGGGUUAUCCUAGGUAAUCUACACAUAUACUGUCUUAUAUGAUAAUUAAUGUAACAGUAUUUAUGUGUAAGUUUACCAGAAUAAACUUAUAAGUGAGGAGCUAGAGUUACUACUGACAACCACCACUCACUCACACUCCCCAAUGAACAGAAUCAAGAUGAGGAUUGCCUUGGUUCGUGUCAAGGAUCCAGAUGACAGUGAUGUGGAGCUUAGUGAUGAGGAGAUACUAAUAACUCAACCUGUUGUCCUGGGAAGAGGAUCAUUAUUAAAGUGUGGUGAAAAGAAAAUUUCUCGCCGUCAUGCGUAUUUGGAUGUGGAGGACAAUGGUGUUCGCAUUACAUCAGUACACCAGAGUCCCACAUUUGUUAUUGUUAAUGGCAGUGAGCAGCAACUGAAUGUAGGAACUUCUGCACUCCUCUCACAUGGUGACAAAUUUGGCUUAAUGAAGACACACUUUUGGUAUAAGUAAGUUUAUUCCAAUGUCAUUUUAUUUUUUGUAGCUUUGGAAAUAAGUUGAAUAGGUACAUGUGUGGGUGAGUGUGAGUUGGACCUGCUUAGCUUGGGCUCAAAGGCCUGCAGCAGUGCUCCUUCCUUUCUUCUUGAGCAGGUGUGACUUGGACUUCCCUAGUAUGGGUGAAAGGGCCUGCUGUAGUGCUCCUUCUUUCUUGUGUUCUUGUGUAUUGAAAACUAUACCUUAUUUUCUGGCAUAAAAGGUGUGCUUUUUUUCUUAAAAAAUCUUGGAAAAUCAUCCUGUGCCUUACAUGCUAAGGGUCAGGGUCAGUGGUGGCUUUGGGUACUGGCAAAUGGUGUUUUCAGUGGUAACAAAGCAUACCAGUAGUAAUUUCUUGAUAAUAAUAAAAUACAGUAAGGCCUCGAUUUACAGUGCUUUGCUUUACAGCAUUUUGCUAAUACAGCCUCUCCUUACUUAAUGAAGGAGUUCCGUUCCUAAGACCACGUCGGUAAACAAAUUCGUCACUAAGUGAGGAGCAUACUAUAAUGGUAGUGGGUUUGUGUUAACCAUCUUUCAUAUUGUUUUAAUGUCAUGUUUGCACCAUUUAUAACAUUUCUGGUAUAUUUUUAAAUAUUUAUACAGUAGUGUACUGUAUAUUGUAAUAAACGGUAUAGAGGAAAUCAGCUCUAAUGUACAUAAUUUAGGUAUAUACUGUAUACUUCAAUUCAAUUCAAGUUUAUUCUCUAUAAGGGUUACAAUGUGGGGUUUACAGGUUUUGGGUAUUGUGUGGUUUACAUGUUAUAAAAUACUAAUUACAGAGGGGGCCACUAGGACACCUAGCAUGGCUAGGCAUUUCGGGCAGACUUAGAUUAAUUCUUAACAUUAACCCUUUGACUGUUUCAGGGCCCUGUCUGAAACUGUCAUUCUAUGUCGCCAAAUAUUCGAAAAAAAAAAAAAUUAUUUUUUCUUAUGAAAAUGUUAGGAAUAUUUUUACUAGUGUUUUAAGCCUAAAAAAAAAUUUUUGCCAUCAGUACUUACCGAGAUAUAGAGCCGCAAAGUUUGCAGAAAUCGACGUGCGUAUGGCAACAGCGGCGACUGCCGCCCGCCCGGUAUUCUUUUAUUUACUCUAAUUCAAAGGUUUCUUGCAUUUUUCAAUAUUUUUCUUUUCCAGGUAA